GACACUGCCGCUUCAUUAGCUUCCGAUUAGUGAAUGGAAAUCGAGUGACAUUAUUCACGUUUGAGUGGUGAUUCAAGCUUCGGUGUGGGCAAUGUCCACCAACAUUGGGAAUGGAGAAUUCGAUGCUCCCGGGGAGAUAUUGCAACGACAUAGUUUGAGAAAAGUUCUGAAGAGUGAGUUGAUGAGAGCUGAAGCUAGGGAUGAUGAAGAGCCAUUGACACAGGAGGAUCUUGCGCCGGAGGGUGGAUGGGGGUGGAUGGUCGCGUUGGGAAUGACAAUCACUUUUACAGUGAUGUUUAGUACAGUACCAUGCAUUCCCAUUAUGUUUGGAGAAUUGCUGGAGUCCAGUGGUUCCCCUGGCGCAUCGAUGACAAUUCUCAACAUGAUAUGGACAAUCAGCUGGUCGUUAUCAGGACUCUGUACAAACGUAUUAUUGAAAAAAUUUCCAAUGAGAUUGGUUGGUGUCUGCGGUGCGCUGGUGUUCUCCAUCUUUUCGACGAUCCCUGCGGUGGUAGUGGAUGUUUAUCAGUUGGGAAUUACCUUCUUUGCUCAGGGUAUUGGUUUAGGCAUUAUGGCGACAAUCUGUCAGUCAAAUUUCAAUGCUUAUUUCGUCAAGAGACGAGCCACUGUGAUGAGUGCCAGUCAAAUUAUUAUGAGUUUAUUUGGCGUUCUAUAUCCCAUCAUCGUAGGUGAAAUGAUACAGGUCUUCGGAUUCCGAGGUACAAUCGCUCUAGCCGGUGCUAUAAGUUUCCACAGUGUUUUCGGAAUGCUGCUGAUGCAUCCUGUUGAAUGGUAUCUGAGGGACCCCAAAGAAGUACUAGCCGAGAGGCGAGCUACAAUACGCAGAACAUUAUCCCAAGAAAAAAGUGCAAUGAGUGAUACAUCUAAAGAUGUUGAAAUGAAUGCACAAGAUUCGAUGAUUAAGGAAAAAAAGUUGAAUGUUGAACAUAGUCGAUGGAGUAGUCUUGGAAAUCUUAGAGAAAGCUCGGGUUACCACACACUUCUUACUGAAACUUUGAAGUUUCAGGCGAAAGUUGCGUCAAGCUCUGAUGUUGCGUUGAUAAGAGACCCAAGGUCACGAGUAAACUCAAUCUCAAGAACACCAGUGCGGGGACCCUCAGUUCUAUCCUCUCCCAGUUCCAGCAUAGGAAAUCUUGGUGUUGCAAUAGCGGAAAUGCAGUUACGAAAGAAACAUCCGCUGAAAACUCCGACUGACUUUCAUAACGAAAAGACUGUAACGAUACUCAAAGAGAGGGAGAACCUGAUUGCAGGGUCGAAUGGAAGAGUCGAAUGUGAAGGAGAUCAAGGAUUUACAGAAAUGAUUCUGGACUUGUUUGACUUUUCAAUCCUCAAAGACUGCACCUUCAUCAUCAUGUGUUUUGGCGUGAGUUGUGCUAUCUCGAGUGAUAUAAUAUUCUCCUCGUUGCUGCCCCUAGCAAUGUUCAAUAGAGGGUACACAACUGGGGACGCAUCAUAUGUAGUGGCCAUCUCUUGCGCAGCAGAGUUUGUUGCUAAAAUCUUCCUAACAAUACUGACGAUAUUCAUCGAAUUCAGGGCCAAAAUGUUAGUGUUUAUGGCCAUGAUUGCUAUGGCAGUCGUUAAACUCGCGUAUUUCAAUCUAGAAUCAACGUUAACGGGUAUCAUGGUCUCUAUGGCGCUGAUCGGAGCUGUCCGAGUUUUCAUAUUUGUUCCGCAAUCUCUGGUAAUAGUUGAAAAUUACCCUGUGCACAAAUAUGCCGCUUGCUAUGGAAUCUACUCGAUGAUCAGUGGACUGACAUUCAUCAUAACCAAUCCCAUUUUUGGUAUCAUCAAGGAUUUGACCGGCAGUUUUGCCGUAUGCCAGCUGGCCCUAAUCGCCCUGAAUUGUGCAUUUAUCCUGCCAUGGGCAAUAGAAUUAACAGCCUACUAUCGGAAUAAAAGAAAACAAGAAAAACCCAAUUCCGUAAACUAAUAUUAAGAAUUUAUUAUUUUCAAUCAUGGACAUUUACAUAACAGUCGUGGUUUUUGUUCGCGGCUCGAUCCAGAUUGGGAAGCCAUCUGCGCGUUUAAGGAUUAUGUCCAAUUGCAGCCGGAAAUCCGCUUCGGUCAGAUCGGAGAGAAUCUUGUAGUUUCUUAGUAUUGUGGAGAGGAGUACUUUCAACUUCAACAUUGCGUAUUUGCGGCCGACGCAAGAUCUAGGAACAAAUUUAAUUAUUGUAAUUCAUUAUCCACUUUCAUGUUAUGUUCUAUUUGAUAAUUUGCCGUUAUAUAUCAUUACAGCAGCAAAUUUGAGGGAAUUUGCAUGCAGUUCUGUUCUUUCUGAUCGAGGUUUGCAUGCAAUUUUUGUAUGGCUGCAUAUACGAAUUGAAUGAAAAAUACUGGACACGACUAUCUUCAUAUCGAUACGGAUGAUAAAAUUCAGCAAACAUUGCCUGACAAAACGUAAAAGUCAGACGAAAUAUUCUUUCGACAAUUUUUACGAAAUAGCGUAUGAAGUUACGAGUGCAUAACGGAGUACUUUUCCGGCCGAAUGGCAGCGCUUCACGUACGCUGUGCGUCACACCACAACCUCCGCAUACGAAAUAUUGUCAAGUCAUAAUGCAGACGUUUUUUCAUCAGGCAUAACUUCUUGAUUUUACAAUUUCAUCAUUUCGUUACAUAAAAAAAUUAUUUUUGCUGUUUGAAUUUACCAAUCCGAUUCUCCUAUUCACACAUUCUUCAUAACAUAUGAAUAACUGAACAAUUAAUUUUUAAUUAAUGAGUAAUACUUCGAACAUCUGUAAACGAAAAAUAGUAUAUUGUGUUACUAGUGCGUAAAGUGAAUUUCGAGCGCGUAAAACGAAGCUUUACGCAAGACCUCUGAAAUUUACGCACACCGUGCGUAAAACAAGCACUUUACGCACACUAAAUGGUUUAGAAAAGUGAACUUUUCAGGCGGGUAUCACAAAAUCACUCAUUUCGGUUCCAAAUUUGAGAUUAUGUAAAAAAAAAAUUAUGCAAGUUCCCUGCUAAGUUUUGUAACCAAAGAGAUGUACAAAAAUUAUGAAUAAAAAAUGAUGAGCUUUAUUUUUGUAGAAAAAUAA